AUGGUUGGUGGUAUUGCAACGCAAAUCAACCAGCAAUUAUAUAAGAAACUAGACGCAAUAAAGGAGUUGGAAGCAUUGGAGCGAAUGCCCGAACAUUUUUUAAAAGCCUAUUUAAUCUUUAAGCAGGCAGCAUAUAGCAAUUAUCAAGAUAAUUUUUUAGAGCAAGCACAAUUCAACAACCCCGAGCAGUUAAUUAAGAAAUAUAGCGAGGAAAUUGGUCUAGUGGAGCAGGAGGAACAAAAACCCGAGCAACAACCAACUAACAAGCAAUUAUUAAUAAUGUUAGGAGAAAGAAUUGCCGCAGGGGAAAUUAAAAGAGACUGA